AUGGGCCUACAGGCCAAUUAUGGGCUCAUAUUUUUGGCCCAAUUAAGAACUAAGAUCGUGACACUGACUAGAGAUUAUCAAGGAGAGAGUGUUAUAGUUGAAUUACACAUGACUAAUCUUGUGACUGGUGAUAAAGGAGAUGAUGAAGAAGAAGAACAUGAGGAUAAGCCAGAGAAGCCUAAGCAAUCUAAUGUGCCUCUAUUAGUAACACUUUCUAAGAAGACAGGAACAAGUUUGGAGUUUAGAUGUACUGCUUUUCCUGACAAGAUUGUGAUCAAGGACAUGGUUUUAGAUGAAAAGCUGAGAAAGGGUUUCCAUAGGUACAUUGAGAUUAGAGGGAUAACGCCGAGCAUGAUCAACUUCUUGCAUGAGUAUAUGAUUAACAAAGAUGGUAAAGAGCACUUACUGUGGUUGAAAACGCUCAAGAACUUUGUUAAGUCUUGA